AUGGCCGACCUCGAGAAAGAACGAUGGGAACGCCUCCUAAAAUGGCUCAAGCAGGAGCACGGAAUGAAGACGGAUGCUUUGCACAUUGAGGCGAGGGACGUGCCAGACGCGGGCAGGGGCUUGUUUGCUACGGCAGAGAUCCCGCCUUCCUCUACGUUAUUCGAAAUUCCGCGGACGGCGUUGAUCAACGUCAAGACAGUGCUCGCACGCUAUCCUCACAUCAAGGAAGGGCGGCUCACGGGCACCCAGCUUGUGUCGUUGUAUUUGCUGCUUCACAAACCAUCUGGCGAUGCGGACUCUCUUGAUAGGACAUUCGGACCAUACAUAUCGACGCUUCCCCGAGAUUUCUCUAGCCACCCUCUCACUUGGCUUGUAAAUCGCAAGCUCAAAAAAGAAGACCCUUGCGAGAGCUACUUCCUCGACCAGGUCCCGCCUAGUACCUGGGAGUCAAUCGUGAAACUAAACAAGCGGUUCUGGAAAGACUGGGAUGCUGUUGCGAAGUUCAUGAAAGAGGACUCGGCCAUAGUGGCAUCGUCGUCGAGACCUGCUUUGAAGACAGCGAAGGCUCUUGACAGCAACGACACGCUUUUAGACUAUCUCUGGGCUUGGCUGAAUGUGAAUACUAGGUGCAUUUUCUGUCGCCUCGAACAGAGUCCGUCUCAUCCGGACAACUUCACGCUCUGUCCCAUCCUGGACUUUGCCAAUCACGGCACAGGUCUUACCCACAUCUUCCCUGUGACCGACUCGGACAUAUGGGGCUCUCCAAAGCAUCAUCGGCGCGAUAGUCGGGCCCAGGCGAGGACUAGCAUGUUCACAUUCCUGGGAUCCUCCGACUACGGCCUUGCGGAGGGACAAGAGCUGCUUCUCAAGUACGGCGCACAUCCGAACCGCUUCCUGUUCACAGAAUACGGAUUCGUCAACCCCCUCACGGACGGUGCCGUCGCGACCAGCACAUACUCUGCAGAGGUCGACGUUCAGGAUUUGGUAGAAGAGUUGAUCGAGAAGACGGGAUCAGUCGCACCUCUCAUCAAGUCCACGCUCGACGAGGGCGGAUACUGGGGCGAUUGGACCCUCCACAGUUCGCCGAACUCAGCCUUCCCGUCAUGGCGGCUAAUAUCGGCCCUACGGUUAAUUUGCGCCCUCGAGCGCUACUCGGGGGAAACGACAAUGCAAACACGCUUGGCGAUCGACUCGUGGCUGGAUGUCACCAACGGGUCAAAAGACAUCAUCUCGCGCGUGAACGAGGACGCGUGGAGGAAGAAGCUGCUCUGGCUCUGCGAGACGGUUCGGUAUCGGGCGAGGAAGGAUCGUGUGUCGGCGUUGGAUGCCGCCAGCCUACCGCAAGGCGGAUCCGCGUGGGUGCCCUGGCAGUCGGAGAGCGUGCGGAUACUCUGGAAGGAGGAGUUGGAAGUUGCUGAGGCUGUCCUGGCUAGCAUACAAGCUGGGGUAGAGUUUUGA